UUUAAUUAUUUUAAAAUAAUUGUUAGCUUAAAUUCAACUUUUUAGAAGCAAAUAUUAUAAUAAUAAUCUGACAUAAAUCCUGGUCCCAUGAUUUAAAAAGCACUGUUCUUAUCCAAAAACUAAACUAUCAUCCCUACUUGCAUAAUUUUCAUUUACUUCUUCCCUCUCAAAGCAAAUUAGAAAGUCAUGUAUAUAGAAUCAGAACAUGGCCCCAUCUGAAGAAUUAAAGAUCACUCUUAUUUUAUUGGUGAAGUAUAAAAACAAAUUAAAAGGUAACAAGAACACGAAAAUAGUUUUAGCAACACAUGAGGAAAGAUUGUUUUUUACUAACAAAUACAUUUAAGUGAUAAUUAUCUUGAUAUAUUUCAAAAUUAGAAACAGGGACUCUCAAACAAAAUAUUCAGAAUGGAUCCUCUAUUGGAACCUUUUUUAUUAAAUAGCAAAUGAACAGAUUCCAAGCACUCUUGCAAUGCAGAGGCCAUUUAGGAGGCUGCCUCCUAACCCUACCUCCCACUUAUUUUCCAUUGUCUUCAUCCUUGCCAGGGACCAGAAUGUGUGGGUGAUUCUCCUUCCUGAAAUGGGUCUUCAACUAGUAGAAAAACUCUGAAAACUUAAUGGCUAUCAAAUGCAGCAUUGUUUUGAAUUUGCAGUGUUUUUUUGGAAAAACAUAUACCUUUCACUUGAAAGUUAUCUCAAAACAAUUUUUUGAAUAGAUUAAUUUCAAUAGUAUAAAGCAUAUGCUGAAGUAUAUUGAGGACCUAAUACAUUAUGGCAUUUAAUCUCCCCAGCAUUAAUCCUACUAGGUAGACAUCAUUCUUACCAUUUUGCUAUGAAAUAGCUGAGACUUAUAGGUCAAGGAACAAUUUAAGGAUUAGUAUACAGUCCUAAAUCAUGAGUAUGGCCAAAAGAGUCCACAGACUCUUGCCUUCUUCUCUAGUUCCGUCUUCCCCACUAUCCUGCUUGCAUCCUACUCUUGGGCCAUUCCCACCUUCCAUAUUUAUAAUCUCUCGGUGCUCUGCCUUGCCUCCAGCCAUUGACUCACGUUGCUUUCCCAUGGGGUAUCCUUGUCUGGAAUGCUCGUCUUACACUCUGGCUUCCUUCUUUUCCUCCUUCAGAAUUUAGCUCCAUCUCCAACUCUCCAAGAAGCUCUCUAUCACAGUUUCCAAAACAGUUCAUUUUGCCUGAUGCACGACAAGCCAAAAUGCUAAUACACUGAGGUUUGCAGCAAAGAGGGUUCAUUUGCAAGGCAGCCAAGCGAGGAGAUAGGAGAACAAAUCUCAAAUCCACCUCCUCAAAGGCAAGGGGAUUGGGAGUUUAUGGGACAAAGAAUAAAGAAGCAGGGUGGUAUGAGGCGUGGGGAGCACGGAGAGGGUGAGGAAAGGUAAUUGGGAAAAGAUGCAGUAAUUGUUGUUCUGCACAGACGUUUCUAGGCUACAACCCUCUGCACAUUCUGAGGGUGGAGUUUUGGGCCCUCUGAUGUUAAAAGUUCACUGAUUGGACACUAGCGUCUGCCCAGUUGAAGGGUCGGUGGUCCUAUCCAGCCUUAACCAGCUGAGCUCGAAUUAGAUGCAGCUGACUCCAAGUUCCUAAACAAUAACUUGGGCAAACAUCUUAUUGUUUAGGUUAUGCACCGCUUGGAGGACGUGCAAGUCUUAAAACAACCUUGAUUAGCAAAGGCAGGUGAAAUGGAUGCAACCCACGGUUUCAUAACUCCCCAACUACAACCGCUUCCACUUCCAACUGGGUCGGAUGCUCUUCCUUUCUGCUCCUGCUGCUUUCGCCUUCUACAUGCUCUCUGAGUACAGUGUCUUAUAUGGAUGAACCUAGCCAGCGUGAAGAUACCUCUCACCUCGCAGUUCAGAUGGAAAACACCUACCAACUGGGUGUGUUAUUUUAUCACUCCGUCCUAUUUAAGACUUCUAAUUUCAUGGGUCCUACCAGAAAUUUUCCUGUUGUCAUUGUCAAUCAUAUUCUGAAAGAUGUGUUAACUAACUACCUACAAGAAGAAAAAUAUGAACCAGAGCUCUGUAGACAGAUGACUAAAACGAUUUCUGAGGUUAUUAAAGCCCAGGUCAAGGACUUGAUGACUCCACGAUAUAAGCUAAUUGUGAUGGUUCACAUUGGACAACUGACUGGCCAGAGCAUAUUGAUUGGAAGCAGAUGCCUCUGGGAUCCUAAAAAUGAUACCUUUGCCUCUUACAUUUUCAGAAAUUCUUCUCUCUUUGCUCUUGCAAAUGUCUACACAGUUUACUCUGAGUGACUGAAAACAAGAAAUUUAGUUCAUACUUUUUAAAUCAAGAAAUAGGCUGUAUCUUUGCACACAAGUUUCACUGCCCAGACGUUUGAGAAAGACUCAACACUAAUAUUUCAAACAAUUGGAAGUUUGGGCACUUUUUCAUGCUCUUGUAAGUAUGAAAGAGUAUACUUACUCUUUGGGGGAGAGAAGGUGGCACAAGAAAGACUCUUGUUUAUCCAAAGAAGGAACUAAGUCUUGGUUCUGCUGGAUUGUUUUUUCAUAGACAUAGAUUCUUAUUAAAUAUUGCUUUGGGUACUAAUUAUUUUAAUUACACUUUAAUUAGAGAGUUAGAAUUCCCUGCAUUAUUUUUUUAAUGAAGAGAAGUCUUAAAAAAUAUGGCUAUGUACCCUGACCAAUAAAUGACGGUAGCAUAUUCAAUGUGGUAUACACAAAUGAUCAAUGUUACUCUGUCUCAGUGCUGUGUAUAAAAGAAUACUGGUUUUCAUUUUGUAUUUAAUAAGUUAAGCAGCAUUCAUUAACUGCAAUUAUUGUUAUAUGUACCUGACAGUUGAAACUGCUAAUGUAGAAUUAAUGAUUUCAUAACAAUUAUCGUAGUCCCACAGGACUGCUGGCUAAAACUAGAAGCUCUUGUGGGUUGCCUGCACUUUACAAAAUUGUGGGAGAACCAAAUAUUAGCUCUUCAAUAAUGGAAACAACAAAAUGAACAAAGGCUUUUUAGGGCACUGAAGUAGAGCUUGUGAUAUUAAAAAUACAUGAUGCUUAAUAGUAAGUGUAUCUGUAACAUAAAAUUGUGUAUUGGAAAGAGACACUGCUUUUAAAUAUACACUGCCUGAUACACCUUUCAAUAGGUUUCCUAGGCUAACAGACUUUUACACAAAAUAUAUAGCUGGCAGCUUAACAGAUAAAACAUGUGUAUUUACUAUUUUGUUCCUAUGAAUUUAAUACUGAAGUGACCCAGUGUGGUUUUGAAUGGAUGGCACUAAAGUUUACAGGGCUGCAAUAGCUUAUUAUUCUGUGGGUUAAUGUAGCUUAUAACAUGGAUCAUUUAUUUUUAUGGAGUUUUCAGCCCUUUGUGUGCAUGUAAAAUGGUGCUGUGACAUUGUUCUUGGAUGGUAAGUGGUCUGCCUAGAGGACAUUUGUUAAAGGUCAAAGAUGAAGUGUACACAUAUGGAGAAAAUUAGCAACUCUAUAGUCCUAAGGAAAAAAUGAUGUGUAAUUCAUAUCAAAACGAACUUAACAAAUGGGAAAAUAGUCAGUGCUUUAUAGUCAUGUACUGAUGUCUUAUUUUUCCCUCAAGGUGACGUGUAUUUUUUUUUUAAGUAUACUUUUUAAAUCCCUUUUUUCUCUUUGUUCUGGCUUUUAAGGUAGCGUUUCAAAAUGAAUUAGUCAAUUUUCAUUGUUUUUUUUUUUGUUAGUGCCUUAGUCGGAAUAUGUCUGUGUAAUAAUUUAUCAUAACCAAGAUUUGUCAAUCUUCAUAGCCAGUGUUGAAUCUGGAUUAGAUCAUAAAUACAGUACAUAAAUGAGUUUUAUAUAUUCAUUAUACAUUUAUGAACAUCUCCCCUCUUAGAACAAUAGCAGGGGAAAUCAUAUAACAAUUUUGCAUGAAUAAAUCAGUAUGAAGAAAAUUUUUUUAGUAUGUAGAAAGUCCAUUAUAAAAAUGU